AAGAUAACUACCAGUCGUGUGUAUGUUACUAUGCACGCCAUGAAGAAAUAAUUUACUUUCACUUUUAUUAGAAAAUAGAUCAUAUAUUACAAUGUUGCACGUAACUACCGAGAUUGGAAAACCUGGGAAAAUUGAGCGGGAGAGGAGACAUUUUCCGCAAUUGCAAAAUCAGCCUGGAACGACGAUAUACAAGCCCCAUGGCCGCAGGUACAUCCCCCACGGCUAUGGCAUGUAUGACGAAUGGAAGCCACACCCACAGAACAUCCAACCUAAGUACACGGAUUCAGGGCCUGAUUGGAAAUCGCGCAUCAAGUAUAUCGCUGACCCAGCCAACCCCAAAUAUCCGGCGGCAGAAAUAUUUGAGACCAACUGGAAGGCGAUGCGGCCAUAUCCUUUGCGUCAACUAUGUCUUAACAAAUUGGCCAACACGUACAUGAACUCAAGUAACGAGUGGCUUCUGGACCCAGGCCUUUCCAAUAGAGGGAUGAAGUGUCACUUCAACGGCCGCCACCAGGCAACACACACGUCGGCAGAUGAGAUCACACACAGCAUGUUGUUUGGACGUGGAAGAAAUUUGGAGACGAUAGACAAGCGUAAUGGUAUCGGGGAGAGUGCCCCUGGGGACAAGCCAUACAAGACCCCGGAGUAUUCCUCCCAGUUCCACAAGCUGGGAUCCACCCUGCCUGUCAUUGACUUUGGAUAUGUUCCUGAAGAUGCUAACAGCCCCUGGCAUCAUCAGCCAGACACGUUUGUACCGCUGAAGCCCUCCCUCAACGAGCCCAGGGAGCCAUUCCGAGUAAAGGCACGGCGAGAGGAGAAACAGUCCGAGAUGAUGACCGUGGCGGCGCUAGAUGAAUGGCGCCCCGCCACACCGCUAAAACCUGAGAAAAUUGAUGAGAAGAAGUAACACUCAACCCCCAGUGUGUGGCAUGGAGCAGUCGAGACUCAUUGGCUUCCAAACUUAUGUCCACUUAAGUUUACAGCCUGGGCAGGAUUGCUCGAAACUGUAACAGCCAUUUAAAGUAACAUUCUGUUAAUUUGAGACCCACACCCAAAAAAAUGUAAAAGCCAUAUUGUUUUCAAACAUAUGCAAAUUAUUUGAUGGUUAACAAUAACUUGAUCCAUAAAUGAGAGGCUGUUGCUUAACUGGCUGUUAAAGUUUUGAGCAGCCCGGCCCAAAUAAAUGAAAUUCAAAUUAUAUAUAAAAAAGCAUCAUUAAACUUAGGGAAUGAAAACACUUGCAGUAUAAAAUAAGAACUUAUAUAUAUAUAUAUAGGCCCCAUAGAACAUGUGAAGAUGUAUGAAGACAUGUGAGGGCUGGCAUAUGAGGGUGUGUGUUUAGCAGCAGAUAACAGCCAUAAGUAUUCUUAAUGUUGUUUAUAAAGUAGACUUCACUGAUUUUGCUUUAUCCUUUGUUUCAAACAAACAUUCAACAAUGUCAGAUUGAGUCUCACUGUGAUAAAAAUAAAUAUUUUGCUCAAGUUAAAAAGGUUACAUUUAUUUAGUUAUUCUUAACCACAACAAACUUUUAUUGUAUUAAAAUGUUGUGAUUUGUCUUACUAGUUUGUCAAUCACAUUUCAACUUAUAAAAUUCUCUUUCACUGCAAACUUGGGCUUGUUGGCAAUUAUUUAUUUCUAUUUGUUUUAUUAUUUUUCAAUGAGUUGAAUGUUUUUGCAAGGAUAUCAUUAAUCGAUAAAAAUGCUGAAGGUUUAAAAUUGUUUUUUGUUUUUUUCUGGCAUAAAAUGAUAGGUUUUGGUAUUCAGUGAACAAUAUUAAUAUUUGUAAUGUAAACUGCCUUUUGUUUCUCUACCUUACUCAAUUUUUACACCUGCUUUGUGUCUGUAGUUUAUUUGUAAAUCAUGUUUAUAUUUUAGCCUUGAUAAUACUUUUUACUUUAGACCUGUAUAUUUAAUGUUGUAAAGAUGUUAUUUCAGUAUUACAUACAUAUGUGUGAUAGUAUGUUUUAUACGUUUUUAUUUUAUUAUUAUAUUUUAUCUGUGAUACAUCGCAUAUUGUUGAAUGUUAUUUUUUUACACCAUGCUUUUCAUUACAUAGCAUUUAUUGUUGGUGUGUGUUUUCUACUACUAAUCAUUUGUUGUUAUGCCACAAAAUAAUUAAUUCCUUACCUGUAAAAUGUUUUUAAAACUGUUUUUAAUCGUCCAUAUUGAGCCUGUCUUUUCUUACAUUGAAAAAUUACUAAUGUAACAGUAUUUUAAAAUUUCUACCAGGUAAUUUCAUUGUUGGUCCAUGAAUAAUGUGAUUUCGGUUUCCAAAAAGAAAUCAAUGAUGAUAUAAUGAGCAAAAUAAAUAGUUGUAAACAUGCAAUAAUAAGCAAAUUAUACAGAUGAAGAUGAAUUUGUGGAAACAUUCGCCUUCUUUCUGCCCCAUAUAUAAGUUGUAAUGUGAAUUGUACCGGUCUAUUUCAUUUUUGCUUAACAAAUAAUGUGUGUGCAAAAUUUGUUUCGUUUUCACUUUACAUAAAUAUGUUUAUCAAUGGUUACAAAUAAAUAAACAUGCUAUAAAUCUAA